UAUCAAAGAAAAAACGCAAACCAACAACCCACUUUUGCAGCAGCUUUUAUUGUCAUCAUGUCUUCACCGACACGCGCGCACUUCCGUUCACUCUUAUUUUCUAUCCUUAAAAUCCUCAGAUUAUUCUUCUAUUGUUUCGCUUUUUUAUUUGUUUCUAAAAGAAUCUUCACGCAAAAGCAAACCAUACCAAUUUAAUCUUUACAGUGAUGAUGAAGUAGCUACUUGUCCGUCUCUUCUUCUUUCGUUUUGAGUUCUCAUUUUCGGCGAAGAACACUAUGUCUCAGAGAGUAGUCUUCCUUCUCAUUGCUCUUCUGAUUCAAUCCUCUUUCCUUUUUGAGAUUUCCUCUGCUCUCAAGGAGGGAAAGACAUGUAUACUGAGCAAGAACUGUGACGCUGGAUUACACUGCGAAACAUGUAUAGCCAACAACAAUCUCAGACCCAGAUGCUCUCGAACCCAACCCAUCAACCCCAUCUCCAAGGUAAAGGGAUUACCUUUCAACAAGUACUCGUGGUUAACAACACACAACUCGUUUGCUCGAUUGGGGGCAAUAUCAAAGACCGGUUCUGUGAUUUUGGCUCCCACUAAUCAGCAAGACACAGUCACAAGCCAACUCAAUAACGGUGUAAGAGGGUUUAUGCUCGACAUGUACGACUUCGAGAACGAUGUCUGGCUUUGUCAUUCUUUAGAUGGAAUUUGCUUCAAUUUCACCGCUUUCCAACCGGCUAUUAACGUUCUAAGGGAGAUUCAAGUGUUUCUAGAGAAGAACAGGGAGGAAGUUGUAACGAUCAUUAUAGAAGACUAUGUGAAAUCUCCCAAGGGUCUCACAAAAGUGUUUGACACGGCAGGGCUGAGAAAGUUGAUGUUUCCGGUAACGAGAAUGCCCAAAAACGGAGGAGAUUGGCCAACGCUUGACGACAUGGUACGACAAAACCAAAGGUUGCUAGUUUUCACAUCGGAUAGACGCAAAGAAGCAACGGAAGGAAUCGCAUAUCAAUGGAACUAUAUGGUUGAGAAUCAAUAUGGAAAUGGAGGUUUGAAGGCAGGAGUGUGUCCUAACAGAGCUCAAUCAGCAGGGAUGAGCGAUAAAUCGAAAUCUCUUGUUCUUGUGAACCAUUUUCCUGAUGCUCCGGAUUUGGUAGUAGCGUGUAAACAAAACUCUGCUGCGCUUCUUGAAUCCAUCAAGGCAUGUUACCAAGCAGCGGGACAACGAUGGCCUAACUACAUAGCAGUCGAUUUCUACAAGAGAAGUGAUGGUGGAGGAGCUCCGCAAGCUGUUGAUGUUGCGAAUGGGAAUUUGAUAUGCGGUUGCGACAAUUUUGCAGCAUGCCAGGAGAACGGGAAAUGUGGAUAGUAAGAAAGACUGAGAAGCCGGAGGGAACUAUCAUGACCAGAGGCUUUGGUCAUUGGUUUUUACGAAACCGACCCAAACUUGGGCUUUCUGUGUUUGCUGUGUCACCUUCGUGUCACUUCUCUCAUAAAGCUUUAGUGUUAUGGUUAGUUUAUACUAGAAAAGAAAAAGAGAUUAGUGUAAUUUGUUAGUUUCAUUAUUAUAACAUAUCCUAAUCAUUUACGAACCAAAUACCGAAUAAUAUAUACAUCUAUGUUCUGUUUUAAUAUAAUGAAACCAAAAAGAACCAUGAACACUACAAAACAG